CCUGGGCAAGCUUGCGCGAAUCGGCCAUCGCAUUCCAGCUAAAGUCUACUCCGUGACGGGAUGAAGCAUAAAAAUGAAUACUUCCCGGGGUAAGGUUGGGUUCCUCACAUCGGAAGCAAAGUGUCGAAGGCUGCAACAAAUUCGCUAGGCGUUGGCCGUUGGGAAUCCGAAAUAUUAUAGAUAGAAACAAUACGAAAGUAGAGAGCGAGAGAAAGAGAUGGAGCCAGCAAGGCCAAAUCAGCAAGAUGACAAGACGAUGAUUGCGUUCUUCGAUGUCGAGACAACUGUGCCAUCCGGUUCCCGACGCCGCGGCGGCGGCGGCGGCGGCGGGUACUACCUGCUGGAGUUUGGGGCCAUCUUGGUGUGCCCUCGUCGGCUGAUUGAGGUGGACAAUUUCUCCACACUCGUCCGACCAUCCGACCUCAACGCUAUCUCGUCAUUGUCUAUCCGCUGCAACGGCAUCACUCGUGAUUCGGUCUCCAACGCCCCCUACUUCGUCGAUGUAGCUAACAAAGUUUUCUCCUUCCUACAUGCAAAUCUAUUUCUUCCGCUGAUCCAUCACAUCAGUUGGUAUCAAAGCUUGGAGCUUGUAACGAAUAACAGAAUGCCAAAGAAGAUGGAUUGUCGACAACGAUCAACGUCGAAGAAGAUGGACGGUCGACGAUGA